AUGGAGCUACAAGUUAUCAACGAUGGAAUUCACCUGUCUGAAUACAGAUCCAGAAUUCCUCAAUCAGUGACCAAUGACAAGACAGCAGAGUAUGAAUCUGAUUAUUACCACUACUCCGGGGAUGGCAGUCAUGUUGUGUCCUGCGGAUCUGAUGUCCAAAGUGGCUAUGAGACCCUGGAUGCCCCACCAAACUACGACUUCUAUGCCAACACAGACGUUUGUGGACGACGAAAGCGCUUCAGGCCAUCUCUCUACCAACUGUAUGCCAACCCUGAGGACAUCUCUCAGCCUCCCAUGUACGUGAAAACAACACCUGGUGGUAUGGAAGGAGACAGUUCUGAGGAAGAGGAGCAAAAGGAGCCCCCGCCUGAACCAACACGAUUUGGCUGGGUGCAUGGAGUAAUGAUCCGUUGCAUGUUAAACAUUUGGGGGGUGAUCUUGUACCUGAGGCUCCCUUGGAUUACUGCACAAGCUGGCAUAGGUCUAACCUGGGUGAUCAUCCUUCUUUCCUCGUGUAUAACUGGCAUCACUGGGCUCUCUACAUCUGCUAUUGCUACCAACGGCAAAGUCAAAGGAGGUGGGACCUACUUUCUAAUCAGUCGUAGCCUUGGUCCAGAGCUGGGAGGGUCCAUUGGUCUUAUUUUUGCCUUUGCUAAUGCUGUGGCUGUGGCCAUGCAUACUGUGGGCUUUGCUGAGACUGUUGUGGACCUCAUGCAUGAAAACGGUGCUGUAAUGGUGAAUCAAAUCAAUGACAUCCGCAUCAUUGGUAUCGUCACGGUCACAUGUCUUCUAGGUAUCUCAAUGGCUGGCAUGGCAUGGGAGUCAAAGGCCCAGGUUCUGUUUUUUCUGGUCAUCAUAGUGUCAUUUGCCAGCUACAUUGUUGGAACAAUUAUCCCUGCAUCGCCACAGAAACAGGCCAAAGGUUUUUUCAGCUAUAAAGCGGAUAUUUUUGCAACCAAUUUUGUGCCCAAUUGGCGGGGCCAGGAGGGCAGCUUCUUUGGCAUGUUCUCCAUUUUCUUUCCUUCUGCGACUGGCAUCCUGGCAGGAGCUAACAUCUCAGGAGAUCUGAAGGAUCCAACAGUGGCCAUCCCCAGAGGAACACUCAUGGCUAUAUUCUGGACCACCUUGUCAUACCUCGUAAUCUCUGCUACCAUUGGCUCCUGUGUGGUCAGGGAUGCAUCUGGACUAUUAAAUGAUACCUUGUCCUCAUACUCAUUCAGCAAGAACUGUGUUGGUUUGGCUUGUCAGUAUGGUUGGGACUUCACAGACUGUAUCAACAACAACACCUGCAACUUUGGCAUUAGUAAUUACUAUCAGUCAAUGAGCAUGGUGUCAGCCUUUGCUCCACUCAUCACUGCUGGUAUAUUUGGUGCAACACUCUCUUCUGCUUUGGCCUGUCUAGUGUCUGCACCCAAAGUGUUCCAGUGUCUGUGCAAGGACAAGCUCUACCCUCUCAUUGGCUUCUUUGGCAAAGGUUAUGGGAAAAAUGACGAAGCACUGCGCAGCUACCUCUUGGCAUACAUCAUUGCUGUUUGUUUCAUUCUCAUUGCCGAGUUGAACACGAUAGCGCCGAUCAUCUCCAACUUCUUUCUCUGCUCCUACUGUUUGAUCAACUUCAGCUGCUUCCAUGCCUCAAUCACCAACUCACCUGGUUGGCGCCCAACCUUCAGGUUGUACAAUAAAUGGCUGUCUUUGCUCUGCGCUGUCUGUUGUUUGGUUAUCAUGUUCUUGUUGACUUGGUGGGCAGCGCUCAUUGCCUUUGGUGUUGUCUUGCUUCUUUUGGGAUACACACUCUACAAGAACCCCAGUGUGAACUGGGGCUCAUCAGUACAAGCCAGCUCCUACAACAUUGCACUGAAUCAAUGUAUGGGCUUUAACCAGGUGCAAGACCAUGUGAAGAACUACAGACCACAGUGUUUGGUCCUGACAGGACCUCCCAGCAGUCGACCAGCUCUAGUGGAUCUUGUCAGCUGUUUCACAAAGAAUCUCAGUCUCAUGAUGUGUGGCCAUGUGAUUACUACUGAUCUCUCCCCACAAAUGCAGAAUGAAAGUCAUAUUUCCUGGUUGAACCAAAGAAAGGUGAAGUCAUUUUACAAAAACGUGGUGGCGGCAGACCUACGAUCAGGGGUGAACAUGCUGCUACAGGGGACAGGUUUGGGUAGGAUGCGACCCAAUGUCCUGCUGAUGGGUUUCAAGACAGACUGGCACACUGACUCACCUCAGGCAACACAUAGUUACAUAGAAAUAUUGCAGGAUGCAUUUGACCUUCAGUAUGGUGUGUGUGUGUUAAGAACAAGAGAGAAACUGGAUAUUUCUCAUUUAUAUCAGUCACACGUCAAUCCAGGCUUUGAUGAAGGACCCGGAAGCAUAAACAUCAUACAUACCACUUCUGGACUGAACAUCAUUUCAUCAACUUUGCCCAUUGACCCAGAUCCUCAGCUGAGUAGGCCUACACUGUUUCAGAAAAAACAAGGACAGAAGACAAUUGAUGUAUACUGGCUGUCUGAUGAUGGAGGUCUUACUCUGCUGCUCCCUUACUUGCUAACUCGGAGGAAGCGCUGGGCCAAAUGUAAAGUUCGAGUAUUUGUGGGAGGAGACAAUUCCAAAAAGGACGAAAGGAGAGAAGAGGUGAUGACACUUAUCAAGAAGUUCCGUCUCGGCUUCCAUGAUGUAGAAGUGCUUCCUGACCUCUCUCAAAAACCUCAGUCUGCGAACAUUUAUCAUUUUGAGAAUAUGGUGCGUUCCUUCAAGUUGGACAUAAACCAAAAAAAUGAAUCUGAUUGUGGCUCAUCAAGAGCACAGGAGGAGCCCUGGUGGGUCACUGACCAGGAUUUGGAGAGGAACAGAGCCAAGUCCUUCCGUCAGAUUCGUCUCAAUGAGAUUCUGCAGGAUUACUCCAGAGAAGCCGCACUGAUUGUUAUCACCAUGCCAGUGGGGAGGAGAGGCGUGUGCCCCAGUAUUCUGUACCUGGCAUGGCUGGAAUUCCUGUCACGUGACUUAAGCCCCCCUGUCCUGUUGGUCAGAGGAAACCAAGAAAACGUCCUCACCUUCUACUGCCAAUGA